AUGACGACCACGACUAUCAUCGAGCGUACGGGCAGCGCUGACGUGUACGGCAUAGAGAACCGUCUGUUUUCCAUAUCGUUCAACGUGAUCAAACUGUCCGGCUUCUGGAGACCAACGACGUUUCGCAAGCCCUUCGAUUACCUCUACGAGAUGUACACGCUGUUCUGUCUGGUCGGCAUAUUGAUGCUGAUAGCUACGAUCAUAGUGGACAACGUCGUCACCGAGAAGUCCAUACGAUCGCUCAUCGAGAAUCUUUAUCUCAUACUGACUGUGUCCAACGGGAUAUCCAAGCUGUGCAACAUCUACCACAGAAGGGACAGGGUCAUAAGUAUGCUGCAGAGGAGCUCCGAGGACAGAUGGAGCGUCCACAGGGACGAGGAGGAGGCGAGGAUCGUCGAGGAGUCGAUCGAAUCGGAAAGCUACAUAAUCCGCUUCUGCAUCUACCUGGUGACGAUCAACAACGUCAGCAACGCCUUGAACCCGAUCCUGAACCCCGAUCCCGAGCACGACCUGAUGGUCGACGCAUACAGUCCUUGCGACAGGUCCAAAAGUGCCCUUUGCUUCUGGACGGCUUACCUCUACCAGGUCUUCGGCUACGUCAGCACCAGCCUCGUGCACGUCGGCUGCGACUGUCUGGUCUUCAACUUCGUCGACCGACUUUGCGCCCAUUUGAAGAUCCUGGAGCACAGGAUACUGCAACUGCCCGACCUGGUCGAGGCCAAUGCCUGCGACGAGAUUCGCUACCUCAAGAGCUGCAUAGAGGAUCAUCACAGCAUCUGCGAGGGCAUAAAGGAGCUCAACGACACGUUCUACGAGACGAUCUUCAUCCAGUUCGUGACGAGCAUUUCCGUGCUCUGCACCAACAUUUAUCUGCUGUCGAUGCAGGAUCUCUUCAGCGCCGAGUUCAUAGCUGUCUUCGUGUACCUCUGCUGCGCGUUCGUGCAGAACUUUUUCUACUGCUGGUACGGCUACAAGGUCUCGGUGAACACCCUCCACAUAUCCGACGCGAUUUUCAACAUGAACUGGUGCAUCUUGAAGAGGGAGUCGAAGAAGAUACUCAGCUACGUCAUGAUGAAGACUUCGCAGAAGGUGUUUCUCUUCAACAGCGCCGUAGUCACCUUGACGCCAGAGUCGUUUGUCAACAUUUUAAAGGUGUCGUACUCGGCGUUCAACAUCCUACAGCAGACCAAGUGA